UUGUGUUUAGGCCCAUAUAUAUAAGGCCCAUAUAUAUUUGAAGACCACAAAUAACUAGGGUUUACAAAUUUGGUUAUAUAGCUCUCUCUCUCGAGCCGCACAUAUUUCGUCUUCUUGAUCUAAUCGCUUUGAGCUGUUAGCAGAGAGCAGUCGACAAUCAUGGGUCACUCCAACGUCUGGAAUUCUCAUCCUAAGAAAUACGGUCCUGGUUCUCGCUUAUGCCGUGUGUGUGGAAACUCCCAUGGGCUAAUCAGGAAGUAUGGUCUCAACUGCUGCAGACAGUGUUUCCGUAGCAACGCCAAGGAAAUCGGAUUCAUUAAGUACCGUUGAUGAUCGAUGUUGUUCACACAGGAGCAUCAUGUCUUUUGAGUUUUAAACUUUGCGUUGAACUUGUAAUCGAUUUAUCGACAUUGAACUAAUUUGAUUAUGUUUUUGUGCUGUUGAAUCUACAAGUUACUUUGUUCUACUAUUGCUUAUAAGUUUAUCAGAUAUAUUUGCUUAAUUGAUUAGAAGAAAUCCCUAUUGAAUGUAACUGAAAAUUGUUAAAACUCACCUGGAAGUGGUAGAUGAAUGAUAUGUUUCUUACAGUAUUUGGCCACUACAGAUUCUAUCGAAUUGGUGGUCUCUUUAUAUCUUCUUAUGCAUGCUUGAAAUUAUGUUAACUUUCAUCAGUAGCGUGU